AUGUCUGCCACGACGAUUAGUCAUAUCGUUUCGAUUGGCAAUAAAGAUAUUUUAAUUGUCAUCGUUUGUUUGUUCGCUCGUUUGUCGUUUUUUUGGGUUAUUGUUUGUUCAACGGCAUGGAUUCAUUUUCCAGCUGUUGAAAGGAUUUAUGGCGCAUGUCUCGUUUUGUCCUUUUUGGAGGAGGCCGCAACAAAGAAAAUUCAAACGACUGGAUUGCAACGAAAUUACGGUUCUUAUCAAUCGAUAUUUCCCGUGUAA